AAAUGUCAUAGUCGUCAACAAAAUAAUGACACACAUCAUCAAUCAAACUUCUCAAUUUUCUCAAGUUUUUCGUAAAAUUCUCUAUUUUCUUCUAGAAGAAAUUUAAAAUACAUCAUCGCGAUAUUUGCCUGAUUACAAUAUCUUUGUGUUGUUAUUUGUUACCCAAACAGAUGUGUUAGUGUACAGUGUCCCAAUACUUCAGCUUUCAGGAAACAGUUAAGCCUUGUUUUUACAUCCCACGCGUUUUAGAAACCUAUGGAUGCAUUGUUUGAAGAAGAGAUGGAACCAAAUUUUUCGCUCAAUCCAUUCACUAUAAUGCUUCAGUUCCUGGCGUCGUAUGGCUGGUUCAUGCUGGGCUCGGCCGCGGCCAUGUUCUACUUCCUGCGGCUGAUCCGGCCGCGCAUGAAGCAGUGGCAGGAGGCGCGAGACGAGGCUGCUUUUAAAAAGAAUCCGGACAUAGCCCUGGCGCGGUUGGAGGCGAUCCAGCGCGCGCGAGAGAGACAGCAACAGUUGCUGGAGGAAGCCUCACAGAGAGCGCUCGAGGAGCAGAAACUGCGUGAGGAGAGGAAACGGGCUGAGCUGGCGGAACGGCUUGAGAAGUAUGGCACCGCUGCCGGCAGGAGACUGGGCACUCCCGGAGACUCAGAUUACCUCCCACUGAGCGGCGGGUCGUCGGGCUCCACGUAUCGCCCCCCCAAAAGGUCCAAAUGUGGUGGGGGCGGCUGCGGACGAUAGAUUAUUAUAUAUUUUAAAAUGUAAUACUGUUUUUAUUCACAAAACAAAGACUUAAUGGCCGAUAUAAAAAAAUCUA